AUGGAUCGCUAUGAGAAUGCAUAUUUGGAGGAAGAUUUACCUCAGCAAAGUGGACAAAAUAUUGUAGAUGAGGAAGAACUUUUGGCAGCUCAGGCAGCUGCAGAAGCUGCGGCAGCCCAGCAACUGCAACAACCUGGUGGUGCGUUCAAUAACGUUGGACAAGGUCUUACUGGAAGGUAUAGGGAUAUGAUGAUGCAAUAUUGGCAAGAGACAAUUAAUUCUAUUGAGCACGACGAGCACGACUUCAAAAACCACCAACUCCCCUUGGCUAGAAUCAAGAAGGUAAUGAAGACCGAUGAAGAUGUGAGGAUGAUCAGUGCCGAAGCUCCAAUCUUGUUUGCCAAAGGUUGUGAUAUUUUUAUUACUGAACUUACGAUGAGAGCAUGGAUCCAUGCAGAGGAACAUAAAAGACGUACGCUACAGAAGUCCGACAUUGCUGCUGCCUUGACUAAAAGUGAUAUGUUUGACUUUUUAAUUGACGUGGUACCAAGGGAAGAAGAGAAACCCAAAAAGUCGUACUCGACGCAAGCUAGAACAACAACUUAUAUGCCACCUUCUGUGGGCGUCCCUGCACCAGGGGUUUCUGUUGGCGGAGGAGCUCCUGGCCCUACUCCAACCAGUGUACCCCACUACAAGAAUGCUCCAUCACCUAUCCCAGCGGGAGCUCCCAGAUUAACUAAUGGAAUAGAGAAGGAUCCUACAAACGAUCAGUUCCAGCAGCAGCAGCAACAAAACCUAUUACAACAGCACUUGCUUCAGCAGCAAAUGAUACACCAGCAACACCUCCAGCAACAGCAACAGCAGAAACAGAAUCAGCAACUACCACAAGAAACUUCACAGCAAGUGCAAGGGAACACAUUGGUUACUCCAACCGGAGGGCAGGGCCAAGUGAACUCGCUUGGCAAUCAGCAGACUCGUGUGCAUCCUACGAUGCAAGGAGUUGAAGACGAUGAGGCGAAACCAAAGAUCGAAGAGAAUGAUAGCAUUCCCAACGACUCAGACGCUGAGAACUAUACAGGGUUUCAGAACUUCAAUCCCGUAUACCUGGAUUAUUCAUAA